GUGGUUGCGUCUGAGAUGAGGAAGAAAGUGAGGAGGAAGAAGCGCAUGUAACGCUGACAAGCUCUCUGCGAACAAACCGUACAUUAUUGAAACAGAGUAAAAACUAAAUUUGGAUUAUUUUUCAACGUUUCUCGUUUUGAGACCGUGGCACGAUUCUGUGAAGAUGCAUUGAAGACAAAAGAUGGAAGUGGAGGAGACUGGUAAAACAAGGACUUCCUGGUCACCGCCAGGAGAGACGCACUCCCUCUUCUGUGACCAUGCUGGGAAGAAGAGAAAACAAGACCCAGCUCCUGAACCUGUGAUCAGAAUCACAGAAAAUGAAGAGGAAGAAGAGGAGGAUGAAAUGACGUCCGACCACAUGAAGGAUUCAGAGGAGCCCAGUAAUAAAAGGGUCAAACCUGUGUCAAAGUCCAACAGCCUAACAGGUGUCAUAACCCCAGUGAAGACCCCUGCUCUGAAACGCAUCGGACAGUCCAUUUCGCGGUCCAUUAGUUUUCGCACAGAAGCUCGACCUUUGACCCCGGCUCCCCUGCGCACACGCACAAAGGCCUCGUCAUUUCCACGCCGGCGCAACAGCCAAUGCUGGAGUGACACCGUGGAGAGUCAUGACCUCACAGCAAAGGAGAUCAAACGUCAAGAGGUGAUCUACGAGCUGACUCAGGGGGAGAGACAACUUAUUGAGGACCUCAGUCUGGUUAAGAAGGUGUACUAUGAGCCCAUGCUGAAGUUGGACAUCAUGACAGAGAGUGAGCUUGGGCAGAUCUUUGGUACUCUGGACUCUCUCAUUCCUCUACAUGAAGAUCUUCUGAGUCGUCUUGAGCGGCUGAGGGGAUCAGAGAAGACAGUCGGAGAGGUGGGGCCUACUCUCAUGGACUGGUUCCCUUGCUUGGAGGCCUAUGUUACAUAUUGCUGUAACCAAGUGGGGGCCAAAGCUCUUCUGGACCAGAAAAAGCAUGAGAAGAGAGUGGAGCACUUCCUGCGCCUGUGUCAGGAGUCUUCAUUCAGCAGGAAGCUGGACCUGUGGAAUUUCCUGGAUCUCCCUCGAAGCCGUUUGGUCAAAUACCCCCUUUUGCUGAAAGAGAUACAGAAGUGCACACCGCCAGAGCACCCUGAUGAGGACACACUGCCUGAUGCUUUGGAGCUCAUCCAGAGCAUUGUGGCGGAGGUGAACAAGAAGACGGGGGAGGCUGAGUGUCAGUUCUACAGGCGGGGUCUUACCUACCUCGAAGAGAGCCAGAGGCUACCAGAGAUCCAGCAGUCCCGCUUCCUCUACUGCCAUGGAGAGCUCAAGAACAACAAGGGCCAGCGUCUGCACGUAUUCCUGUUUGAGCUGGCUUUGGUGCUGACCAGACCCGGAGAGGGAAGUCAUGUGUUCCAUGUGUACAGACAACCUCUGCCCAAUGCCUUGAUAAAUCUGGAGGAGAUCCCAGAUGGAGAGGCUAGUGGAGGGGGCACCUUCAGAGGAGCCUUCACUGGUGGAAAUGAUAAAGUGAAGAACUGUUUCCGUGUGAGCAGCAGAGGGCGCUCCAAAGCUCACCCUUACAGUCUGCAGGCCAAUGACUCCUUCAGCAAGCAGCAGUGGAUCACCUGUCUGCGCCAAGCGAUUGUCCAGUCACGAGACAGGAAUGCUCACACCAGCCAGUCGCAGAUCUCCCCACACCCUGAUCCCGCCCUGUAUCACAUAGCCGAGCUCAGCCUCAGCUCGGACACAGAAAUGGCAGAACAUACCAGUCGCUGACUGUCAGACUGAUCACCAGGAGGCCUGUGGAGUCUCCACAGAUGUAUACAUUGACAUUGGAGAAAAUAAAAAGGACUGUUUGUGAGAGAUGAUUGUGCUUAGACACACAUAUAGAAUUUCCUACAUGGAUAAUUUUCUUUUCUUGCUCUUUCUGAUGGAUUGUGUGAUUGUGGUGAUGCGUACUGUACAGCUUGAGAACAGUCGUUCUGAAUGUGAGUUUACCAUGCUAUCAUUGUGUUUUGUUUUGUUUUGUUUCAUUUUUUUUAAUAAACUGACACUUAAAAGUU